UUGUCCGAUGACCUGGAAAUUUCUGUCGGAGAAUCAGUAAGGGUACCGAUAAUAUUCACCCCUCGGGAGCUGACCGUUUACACUGAAACUGUGGAGUUCACUCUGAAUGGAUGCACGAAGAUGAACCUACAACUGAAGGGUCGGGGUGUGCCACUUUACCUGGAGACAGAGUCACCAGAAUCGCAGACUUCUGAUUUCGGUCGCGUUUCUUUCGAACAGCGGCAGACUGUCGUCAAGGAAGUGGUGCUUGUGAACCGAUCGGCUACAAGCGUCACGUUCAACGUGACAGAUCUUGAU